AUUCUGGGUACCAGUCUUGUGUGUUUUCAAUAAAUAAUCGUUUGAGUUACGUACUUCAGGUGCACAGAUCUUCCUCAGAAAUCCCUAAACAUCCGAAUUUUUAAAGAUGAGUAAAGCACAUCCCCCAGAGCUAAAAAAGUUCAUGGACAAGAAGCUUUCAUUGAAACUGAAUGGAAACCGACGAGUAACGGGUAUCCUGCGAGGUUUCGAUCCAUUUAUGAACCUUGUCAUGGAUGAGACUGUUGAAGAUGCUGCUGGUAAUGUUAAACAUGACAUCGGUAUGGUGGUCAUUCGUGGAAAUAGCAUAAUUCUUCUUGAGGUGUUGGAAAGAAUAUAGCGGUCUGACAACAGAUAGCUAGGGACUCUUAAACCAUCCUUUGUGAUCACCUAAUACUGGAGUAGUCAACCAUUGCCAGUCUUCAGAGCUUUGCCCCCAGUAUAAGGUGAUGAUACAUUCCUUGGAGUAUCCUCAUGAGAAAACAUUUUGUGAACUCGUCAGCUUGAAGUCCGGAAUUGGGUCGAUGAUAUUUUGAAUCUUCUAGUCCAGCUGUAGUGUGAUCACGGAGUGAUUAAUUACUUUGUGUGGUUGAUCGGCCUAUGAACAUGCCUUACUCUGCGACCUACUCUGAUGAACGGGUUGGACCAUUAGGGCCUUGUCACACAAGGCAACUUUUGCAUGCAACUUGGAGGCAACCAACUGCAGUGCAUGCCUCAGGACCA